AAAGCGGCACGCCGAAAGAGUUGCAUAUUUUGCCUUGGCACUGUGUCACAUUCCUCUCCAUCGCUGCAAGGUAGGCCGUCACGUAGCCAGGCUAUUGGUUUUUACUUCGUAAAGCCCUUUCCUUUGUUUCCGUAAAAGAUCGGCCGCGUGAUAGGAUCUGAUAGUGCUCGAACCGGUUCGGAAGUAGUCGGAAGGGCAAAGGGUCACAGCGAGAACGUCCGAUCCUCGUGUGUGUGCUAUUAUACAUGCUGUCGUCUCCUCUCGCCACUUCACCGGCCCAGUUAAACGUUAAAACUCCCAUGACUGUACAAACAGCCCAGAAGGUUUCCACACUGCUGCCAAGAUGUGCCCUUUCCCGUGGAUCCUCAUGCUUGUCUCCCUGUUCGCGCUGUGUUACAAGGGGAUCGUCGCCGCGGCUGUGGUCGGGCCGACCGGCACCCUCCACCGAGGGGUUGUCCCGGGACGCCCGGUAGAUCUAACCCUACAGGAAGAAGCACGGGGUACUGCUGUGGUGAUGGCCUGCAUGGCGAAGAUUCACGACUCCAAAGUGUUUGAGUCCCACCGGCUGCUGUUCCCGAUGUUACGGAGGAUGGCCCGGGCAGCCACCGAGGACGGGCGGGAGGACAGGACGUACAGCCCCGAGUACCAUGGGGGGAUUUGGCAGGUUGACUAUAGUGAUUUUCGAGACACCUUGGAUACCAGGACCUACCCCCAACUCCUGCCUAUAUGGGACAGCAUCAGGGCACAGUUUGGUAUUCACAAGGUUUCCAUACGCUGGAAAGACCUGAGGAAGCCGCUGUACUCGUCCCUUGUGGCAGGUAUGAAAAUUCUGACUGUUCCUCACGAGAUCCCGCCCAGUAUCCCCGCACAGGCCGCCUUCUGGAAGAACUACUGUAACAGCGCGCUGGACAAGAGUCCAAAUGACUAUGUCACUGCAGUGGAAGAAGUAGCAGGUUGCCAAGCAACCAGCCUGGACCUAGUUUUUGCGCUGGAUGGUUCAGCAAGCGUCGGAGAUAACAACUUCCAACUGUCCAAGGACUUUAUCAACACCAUCAUACAGUCUUUCACCAUUGGACCAGACCUAACUAGGGUGGGAGUCGUACAGUACAGUUUUUCAGUCAAUCUUGAGCUUGAACUGAAGGAUCACCUAAGUGCAGCCCCCCUUAUCCAGGCAGUGGAGGAGAUAGAGUAUGAUGAAGGUUUGUUCACACACACGGGGGAGGCCCUACAGUACAUCACAACACACAGCUUUGCUGUAGAGAAUGGAGCACGGGAGGUCCGCAAGGGUGUCCCAAAGGUGAGUAUACUACUGACGGAUGGGGAGUCUGGAGACUACCAUGACGUGACGGUGUGGUCGCAGCGAGCGCAGGAGGCCGGCAUCACGGUGUUUCCUGUCGGCGUGACGAACAACGUGGAUCAGCAGGAGCUGGAGACCAUGGCAGGGCAUGCUGGGAAGGUUUACAGGGUCGGAUGGUUCCGUGACCUUGAGAAGAUUCUGACUGACAUGGAGGAAUCUCUGUGUAGGGCUGUGGCUGCUGUUCCAGUUGGAAGUCCUGUUAGUGCCGACCUUGACAGGGAUGCUGUCCGACAUUUGUCCUUCAUUGUCCCUGAUGUGGGGAUGACCUUCAAACUGACCUUGAACAGAGGUCAGGUGGCCAUGUACGGUUCAUCUGUGGUGACAACUCCAAACGAAGCAAUCUAUAACUUUACACUGACAUCAGGGGACUUGUUCCUCCCUCCAGUGUCAGUUCCUAGCCAGGACGCCCGUACAACCUUGUAUGUGUCUGUGUAUGGCCUGUCUGAUGAUUCCAGCUUCACACUCCGCACCACCGAGGGAAACACGACGACAACGCCCCCCUCCCAACAGCAGACUGCUGCCCAUGGCCACUCCUCUACAGCAUCAUCAUUCAAGCUGGACCCAAAGAGUGGGCCCCUGUUCUGGUGCCUGUUUGUGUAUCUCGCAUCUACUACCGGUAUCAGUGCUUACCUUAUAUAAAAUGCACAGUUGUAAACAAAAUGAAACAAGAUGCCACAGAAAAAUGCAGCAGCUUGACAUGCUGUAUCACUCCUGAUUCCAUGCAAAUCACAAAGCCAAAAUGACCAAUGGAAAUCCUUCAUUGCUUUAAGCACUGCCAGAUUUGAGAUGGGAUCCCUGUAUGUCUACUCUCCCCCAUGAAGUGCUGUAUUACUCUACAGUCUUGUAGGUAUCACUGAAUCUUGAAUUUGAUGACGAACUACAUAGUAUGACAGCAUGUUCUUGGGAAUUGUUACUUCACUUCUGUAACUGCUGCUAGAAUCUUGUAUAAGAGAUAAGUCAGGGCCAAGAAG